AUGAGUUCUACUGUCUCUCACCAGCGAGACAAACGUUCAUUCGACUAUGCUAUUCGAUCUGGAAUUGCUGGUGGUUUGGCAGGAUGCAUCGCAAAGACGGCUGUGGCCCCCCUUGACAGAGUUAAGAUCCUUUUCCAAGCCUCAAAUCCUGAUUUCCAGAAGUAUGCUGGAACUUGGACUGGAGCUUAUCGAGCUGGACUCGCAAUAUACAGAGAUGGUGGUGCCAGAGGAUUACUUCAAGGCCACUCCGCAACUCUUCUACGCAUAUUUCCAUACGCAGCCAUAAAGUUUAUGGCCUAUGACCAAUGGAGAGCGCUUGUGAUACCUGACAGGGAUAAAGAAACAAAUUUCAGACGGUUUACUGCUGGCGCUCUUGCAGGCAUGACCUCCGUCACUUUCACCUACCCACUCGAGUUGGUCCGCGUGCGCAUGGCGUUCCAUAGUCGACUGUCUAGCUCUUCCGACCAGACGCGCCCCUCCUUUCUCAGAGCUAUGCGCGUCAUAUAUAAUGAAGGUUCCACGUCUUCCCCUGCAACGCGGACCACAGCGGCGCAGAUCUUUGAAAGCUUUCCCGUUUCAAAAUUUUACCGUGGCUUUAGCGUGACCAUGGUGGGCAUGAUUCCCUACGCCGGCACGGCAUUUCUCACUUGGGAUUUCUUGCGUGCGCAUUUCUUCCCAGUCAUAGAUGACCACUCCAAGCGACCCCACCCUUUGGCAAAUCUCGCCAUUGGUGCUGUUUCUGGUGCAAUUUCGCAGACUGUGUCGUAUCCUUUUGAGGUUGUUCGUCGGCGAAUGCAAGUCGGAGGUUUGACUAGACCAGAUAGGUGGCUACGGUGGGGAGAGACUGUGCGUGCUGUGUACGCAAGUGGAGGGUGGAGAGGUUUCUACGUCGGAUUAGGAAUAGGUUACUUGAAGAUCAUACCCAUGACUGCCAUCAGUUUCGCUGUUUGGCAAGGAGGCAAAAGCCUGUUGGGUGUCUAG